CGUUUUUUCUAGAUAUAAUAAUUUUGACCCGAAGCCUUUUAUAAUUUGUUUUGAACCACUUCCGGCUUGUUGGUCAUGUCUUGGUGUGAUUCAUCCGCCAUUAUUAAUUGUGAAUUUAAAUAACAUAUGUCAGUUGUGUAAUAAGACGUACGUUUCAAAUCAAAACUCAAACAUUUGUGUAUUCUCGAUUAGUAAAAAUGGAUAUGAGUGUAUAUUUAACAGCUCCUUUACAAAUUGAUAGAAUUUGUCGAGCGUGUUUAUCAGAAAAAGGCGACAUGAGGCCUCUUUUUGGAGCUUGUUUGGACGAAAUGCUUGUUUCAUUUGCUUCAGUACAGGUUCAAGAAGGUGAUGGUUUACCAAAUUUGAUGUGCGUACAAUGUGUCUUGCAAUGUAGUAGGGCAUACACAUUUAAACAGCAGUGUGAAAAAUCGGACAGUAUUUUGAGACAAUAUAUGAGUCCUGAAUUUCAGGACCAACUUGCUAAAUCUAUAGCAGAACAGCAAGUAAAAGAAGAGCUUCGUGAACAACUUAAUUUUUCAGAUAAUGUUAAUGCAAUGGACCAUUUGUCAACUGAAUUGGUAGAUUAUAGUGAAGAUGGUUGCACUUUGGAGCUUAGAUCUGAUUUUCCUGAUGAAGAUCACAACGGGGAAGAUAAUUUAGAUGACCCACUGUUAAUUGAGCAGAAACAAAAUGCACAGAAAUUAAAACAUGCAUGUACAAAAUGUGAUGCAUCUUUUUUAUUAAAAGUAGAUCUAAAGGUGCACAUGAUGUCCCAUCCUAAAGAUUUGGAUCAUGUGUGUCAUGUAUGUCAAAAAGGAUUUUCAGAAGCCCGAAUUCUAAAAAGACAUUUAAAAAUACAUCUUGAAAAGAAACCUCAUCAGUGUGACCAGUGUGAUAUGUCAUUUGCAGAAAGUUCUAAUCUUAGUAAACACAAGAAGAAGCAUACAGGAGAGCUGCGUAAUAUUAAAGGAAAACCUCAUUUAUGUUCUGUAUGUGGAAGAUCAUUUAAAUGGGCAUCCAGUUUAUCAAAACAUAUGAAAUAUCAUACUGGCCACAAAUUACUUACUUGCAAAUUUUGUGGAAAACAGUAUGUUGAAGCAAGAAGCUUAAGAAUCCAUAUUAGGUCACAUACAGGAGAAAGGCCAUAUGUCUGUGAAGUAUGUCAAAAGAGUUUUACACAGCUUUGCAAUUUAGAAAAACAUGUUAGAGUUCAUACAGGGGAAAAACCAUUCUUAUGUCCUAUUUGUGGAAAAGGUUUCAGUCAGUCGGGUUACGUAGGUGUUCAUAUGCGCACGCAUACAGGCGAGCGACCUUAUGUGUGUACCACAUGCGGUAAAGCAUUCGCCGGUUCUAACACAUUGGCUAUUCAUCAGCGAAUACAUACAGGGGAGAAGCCUUACGCGUGUAAUCUUUGUGGAAAAGCGUUCAGUCGUCAUGAAACUCUUAUCAUACAUACCAGAUCGCAUACGGGAGAUAAACCUCACGUAUGUGGCGUGUGUAAUAAAGGAUUUACUUCGAGUGGGCACCUCUCUGGGCAUCUUCGGACUCAUACAGGAGAAAAGCCUCACGGAUGUCACAUUUGUGGUAAAAGAUUUGCCGGUUCAAGUAGCUUAAAAGUUCAUCUAAGAGGGCAUUCUGGUGAGAAACCGUAUGUGUGUAAGAUUUGUGGAAAGAACUUUUCACAGACUAGUUCUUUACAUCAGCAUGUCGCAACGCACGGCACAAUAUCAAAAAGAAUGUUAAAAAUUGAAGCUGUAUCUGUUGGCGAAAUUCUGAACAGCGCUGGUGAUACAAUCCACACAGUUCAAAUCCAAGAAGUCGAAUCACUUUAGUAUGUAUUAUUUUUGCUGAAGUUUUUCCAGCACAGAGCACAUAUAUGUGUAAAUAUAUAUGGCAUCCGCUAUUCAUACAGUGGCUUAAGGCUGUAUAUUUUAUCUGUAAAUAUAUAGAAAUAAAAAAUUACAUUAAUUAAGACACGGUCCUGUUUCGUGCAGUGAACCUGAUCUGUGCUCAUGAAUAUUGAAGGUGCCUUCAGCCACAUUUCAAAGGAAGGUAAUUAAAACUGCCCUAAACAGCUAUGGCAUAACCUUCUUAAUUAUUGAGUGGAUGGACUAUAUGUUGACCAAUCGACUUAUUGAGAUCACUAAAGAAAAAUGAUCUAUUUGGAGAAUAAUGAACACAGGAAGGAUCAAAGAGGUAUCUUAUCUCCCCUCAUCUGGUGCUUAGUGGUUGAUGAACUCCUAUGGGAACUAUCUGAAAGUAAUAUCCUUGUUCUCGUUUGGGGUCUCUUCCUUGAGCCAAAGGGUAAUCGCCCUUGUAGAAUGCUGGUGUCUUGAAUCUGGACUUUCUAUCAACCCGAGGAAUGCAGAAGUCACCUUGUUCAUAAGAAAAUACUAAUGACAAAACCUGAUUCUUCGAAUUGGUGGGCAGGAACACAGUGAAGUACUUCUAAAUAAUUUUGGACAGUAAAUUGUCCUAAAAGGACCAUCUGGACUUUCUGAGAAAAAGGCUCUCAGUCUGCCUUUGAUAAACUAGAAAGGCUAGGCUGACUUAUCCUGCGUCAGUUUUGUGAAACAUUGUUGCCUUUUCCACCUCUAAUAGGCAACUGAAAAAAUUGAGGGGAUUGGUGCUGAGAAUUACUGAGGCUGUGAUGUUUAUCCUAUAGGGGCGCUAGAUAUGCUUCUUGACAUUGAACUCUUCAAAGUAGCCCUUAGAACAAGCCACAACAAAGACCCUUUAAUGGAUCAAAUGCAUCGACUGUGAGGUGGUAAUGUAAGACUCUUUGAUUUCCCUAAGUGCGUGAUUAUAAGAGGCAAACUUGAGAUGCCUCCGAUCGCACGAGGACCCUCUUCCUUUUCGACAAAAAUGCGACAUCAGUCUCCUCGGGUAAAAUCUCCAUAAGGUCUGACAGUGACUUUGAUACUGGUGGGUUCAGAAACACGGGGAGAAGCAGUUACAACCAUCAAAGUGGGAUUAGGUAUUCCCUACCUUUGGGUUAGUUUGCUAUUGAGACAGAAGUAAUGAUUAUUACUCAUUGUGCCUAGGAAAUGCUAAUGCCAUAACAUUAUAGAGUGUAAGUACAUAUGUACUAAUUACAGUAGUGCUUUAGAAAUCCAUAAAGUCCCUAGAACAAUGUUUCCCCAAGUGUGUUAUGUGUACGUCCUAGGGUAAAGGAAAAGUUUGGUGGGGGGAAGUGCUGCCCGAGCUUUGGCUUACUGUUUUUGAUUACGAAUAUAGAAAAAUAAGAGAAAACUUCAUUACUUUUUAAUGCAUGAUUUGAUAAUUUAUACUGAAUGUUACGAAAAUUAUAAUAGUAUAUACGUAUAUGUUGAAAUUUUGGAAAAUACUGCUUUAGUGGACACUCAACAAAGUCAAAGCUGUUAGAAGACUGCCACCAAACCCUCAGCAGACUAUCGUCCCGAACCAAGGUGGUUUUGCUCUGGGUUCCGAGACUCAUUUAAGCAUUCGAGUGUAGGUUUUGAUGCCCGUAGAAAUUUGAUUAACUACUUUAAAUGUCUCCAACCAAUCCUCAAAGGAGUGACAAAUUCACUACAGAAUGAUAUUAUAAUAUAUAAAAGCAGAAAGCCAAGGAAUCAUCCGCGCUUUUAAGGUGUAAAUAAGCCUAAACUCGAUAAGAAUAAUAGUAAUAAUACUUAAAAUAAUAAAAAACAAUAUUAACGUAACAUUAAACCCAUUCCACUUGAAACGCCAAACAAAACGCUGACAUGCUAGUGAAAUAGGAAAAACCGCGAUCAUAAGCGUGAACUUUUAGUGGAACGGACUUAUACUACUAGGUACCAAGUACUACCCAUGUACUACGUGACUUUCAUGACUACAACCUAGAACCGCAGGUCCCUGUGAAGUUGAUGCGGUCGGGAAUAAUGACAUCAAUAAUGUAGUGUUGUCAAACAAUAGACCUGUUUCAACCUACUAUUCUACUGUUUUCACGUUAAAAUCUCCUGUUAAAUUUACUUAAUUACAACUUGUGGAAAAAAAUGCGAGCAACUCCAAUUGUACCAUCUCUCCCCACUGAAAAAGCUCAGUCUACUUUUUAUUGUCAUCUGAUUUUGGUAAUAAACCGCCGGGAAUUCCCUACGUAGGUACGCUGAAAAUGCUUAUCCUGCAUUUUAGACCAUCAGCAAUUCGUUAGGCUGGGUAUGGUGUAAUAAUAAUAGUAAUUGUGAUUGUAUGUCGAUAUCCUAGUUUAACAAAAGGUACUCGUCAAAUCAAAAAUUACGUGAUAAACAAAAAUCGUUGUGUAAACUAAACUGUAAAAGGUAGUUCUGGCCCUGGCCUAUCAGAUCAAUUUUGCAAAAAAAAAUUAUGCUGCUCAAUUAAGUAUUUCUCAGAACGUGACCGUCGUGAAUAUUUACGAAAGCUUCGCUCAGAAAUAAGUUUAAAGGUAUAGAAUAGAUUGUAGCUUAUGUUUUAGAUUAUAUUAAUGUUUUCCAGUACAUUUUGUUUGUUUUAUAAAAACAAAUAAAACUGCUUAAUACCUUU